AUGUUGGAAAAUCAAAUGUUGUAAUUUUUGAAUUCAGACUUUUAACAAUUUACAUAAUAAGACAAGUAGGAUAAGCAAGAUGAGAAUACAGAGACUGAAGUUCCAAACAACUCUCAAAGACAAAUGAGAGUUAAGAGUUUUGAAGAAAAGCCUGCCAACAAACCAUUAAAUCUAAUAUUUUAAAUGUUGCUGCAGAAGAAAACACAAAAGAGAUAAUAAAUAAAGGUUGAUCCAAAGUCAAUACCUUUGUCUAUUAAUCUCUCUGUUUAGGUGUAAGAAUUACCAAUUAUUCGUAAAAUCAUGGAAAAGAAUGAAUGGAAAAAGGCUCAUAAUUUUGACGGAGAUAUAUUGUGGUGUGGUCCUGAUAAUGUACAACAGGCCAAACAAUUUACUUACGAUUUUGCAAUGGUCUUUAUGAAUUUAUGCAUCAGUAGAAUUCCUGGAGCUAAACUUAUCUCUACAAAAAAGGAAACUACGUCGAUCAUGGAUAAAAUGAGAUAGUAUAAUAUGUGUCAUAUUAUAAUAGAUAUUUUCCGUCUAUUUAUAAUUUUUAUCCAAAAACAUACACCAUGCCUGAGGAUUUACAUGAAUUCAUCGAAGAUUUCGAAAAAAAGGAUGGCAUCUCCUACAUUGCCAAGCCUGACAAAGGAACCCAGGGUCAAGGCAUCUUCAUAGUCAGCUAGAUAGAAGAUUUGUUCAACAAUGGAGUCAAGGAUAUCUCCUAUAUAAAGAAGUAAUAGCAUUUGAAUAAUUAGGAACUAUAUUAUAUAAGAGUAUAUCAGCAAUCCCCUGCUGUUGGAUGACAAGAAAUUCGAUUUUCGAUUGUAUGUGUUGAUUACUUCACUGAAACCAUUAAUCGCCUACAUAAACGAAGAAGGCUUGGCCAGAUUGUGCACUGAAAAUUAUUAGGACAUCACAUCAAGUAAUCUCUCUAAUGUUUAUAUGCAUCUAACAAAUUAUUCUUUAAAUAAAAGUAAAAGACAACAAUAGUAUAUCCAUAGAUAGUCAAAAUUUUAUUAUUCAUCCUCCAGAUUUCCAAAAAAUAAAUCUUGGAACUAAAAGAACUUAUACAUCAGCCAAAAAAACAUUAAUGAAGAUGGGCAUUGAUGUCCCUAAAUUGAAAUUGAGAAUUGAACAAACCAUCGUAAGAUUCUUAUAUGGAAUUGCCCCCUUCUUAGUAAUAAAUACUAACUAUUAGUAAAGUUAAAUUCGACUCGAGAAAUCUAUCAAGACAAGUGGGAAAAGGCCAAUUGUUUCCAUGUUAUUGGCUUUGAUAUUCUAAUUGACAGAGAUCUAAAACCAUGGAUUAUUGAAAUUAAUGCCAAUCCCAGUUUGGAGAUUACUCAAGUAGUAUAAAAUUCAAAUGGAAGCAAAAGAGUCGAAACAAGCUCAUUGGAUGCUUAUGUUAAGACUAAGGUCAUUGAAGACGCAUUUAUUAUUGCAGUUAAAACACCUUAAGAACAGAUUGAAUAAAUUGGUAAGGGGAAGUAUUGUAACAGUUAUAAGAUGAUUAUUGAUGGAUAACCACCAAUUGAGAAUUUAGAUUUGGUAAUUUCUUUAUAUUUAUUUACAACUUUAGUUCUAUAAAUUGGUUGAUCUUUACAGCAAUCUUUGUGGUUUGAGAUAUGGCAAUUUGAAUUAAAUGAGAUUUUGCAGAUUAGCUAACAAUCCUCAAUUAAUUAAUGAUUUACUAAUCAAAUCAGAUUAUGAUUUGAUUUACAAAAAGAUUUAGUUAAAAUCAUUAUAACCAGAUCUGAAUUUCUUGGGUUUCUUGGAAGCCAUAGAAUCUAUCUCAGAGAAGGUAUUAUCAUAUCAAAAUAUGUUAUUAGCUUCUAAAACGAAAGGCCUCUAAUUAUACAUUGUAAAAGGCAGUGACCUAUGUUGUAAAUACGGCUUUAAAAGCCCCUUCAUAAUAGUAAAGACCUUUGACUGCAAAAAGAUGA